GCUUCUCUUCUCCUGACCCGCAUUCACCCGUACUGUACACAGGCAGGCAGGGGGGGGAGGAGGAGGAGGAGGAGGACCGAGCACACAGCACAGCACAGCUAAUAAACGCUGUAGAGUUUCCCCUUUGCUGGUGCUAGACCGUGGUGGCCAUGGCUUUGGCAGUCCCUGACAGACACGGCGCUCCCGUCUCCUCGCACCUGACCGCGGACUGAGAGGGGGGCUACCACCGCGCAGCGUUAGCUUCACCGCUUCCCCGGCUGGCUGGCUGGACUCGGCUUCUAUCUGUAUUUGUUCUGCUUUCUCUUCACGUGUCAACCCCGGCUUGUUCCUUGUUUCCCUUGGCUUUAUGUUGACGGCACAGGAGGCGGUUUUGUAUCACAAGUCGAGCAUUGACUCGGGCUGCGUGAGACGUUAUUCAAGAGGGAAUCGGUGGAAGGAUGAGGGCAACCAUCACCUGCUUCAUUGGUGGACCACCAUCGGGUGUGAUCCUAUGACUCAGCUUGGGCCCGGAGCUGCAGUUGAAGACAUCCAGGGUUAAGACUGGCACAAGAACAUCUAUUUCAACAAAGACGCGCUGCCUGAUGUUAGCGUCACUGAGCGAGACUGGCCGCCAUCUUCACAGCACCAGGUGGAGCCCCUGAAGAAACCUACCUGUACAUGUAAGGAGGCAGAGCCAAGCAUCGACUUUUUCAGAUGGACACUGGGAAACCACCAGCAUUCUUUUUCAAAAGGCAUAAGAUUGAAGACUAUACUCGAGACUGAUACUUUACCUCCCGCCGUCCUCUCCUCUUCCUCCGAUCCAAUCAGAGAAAACCUCCUCUGCUCUCUACCUCCCAGAGAAAUAGUAAAGGAAAAAAGAAAAGAAAAGUGAAAGCAAUUUAUUAUCCGUUAUCAGUUCCUCUUCUCUUUUCGCGCAACAUUUCUCCAUUUACCUCAGGGAUUUUCUCCCACUGCCUACCUCCUCCACAGAAACAGCCAACCCAGUGACUGGAACACAUGAGCAAAAACACACCUGUGACCUCUCGCUGCUGUUACCAUGACAACCUGUAUUGCCUCUGAAGCUCUCCUCACUGCAGCCGUGACUACCAGCAAUGACCUUGGACCUCUUACCACCUGCCAGCUCAGACCUGCUCACUGCCUAAAUUGUACUGAUCCACACUUGUAGCCUGGGCCUCGGGCUAGUUAUUACUGGAAGGAAAAGGGGUCGUAUUGCCAGAAAGCCAGCUACACACUCACAAUAGCCUCACUCUUCUGUACAGUUUACCUGGCAGGGAACCAUAUACCUCAGCAGACUUCUAGAAAGACACUCACUCAAGGAAACUGAAGGGAACUUUUUCCAGCAACAGCAUCCUGGUGCUUCAAUCCACCCAGCAGGUGCUCAGUAACCUGGUGCUCCAAUCUACAACUCACUUCAGCAUCUUCCAUCUGCCUUAGAGGCAGGAGUAUAGCAACAGUAGCCAGGGAGGCCUCCAGAGAAGCAGAGAGAGAGAGACUCAGGAGUACUGCCCGGCAGGCGACUUCAUUUCAUUUGCUUCCCAAGCAAAGUCCCAUCAUACACAGGCCUGGUGAUCUGAGCGGUAGCAUAAAUCAGCAAUUGCCCAAGAGGCCUUUCGGAGAUCACAGAAGCGACUCAGAAGUUCCCCCCCUGCCUUGAGUUUCACCCCAUUGAAGCCUCCAGAGAAGUUAAGCUACCCACGGAGCGGGAGAAGUUCUUUGGAGCCUCGUCAGCUUUUUCUCGCUCUGGAGGCGAGUCACAAAGAAUAAAGAACUCCCUGGCAAGAUUUAAGCAUUAUGAACCCAUAGCAAGUUAGAAGAGUAAACACUGACACCCAUAUUGUGUGUGACAGCAAAGACAAAAAGGAGGGAAACAACAUUAAGAGUAAAGAGAAGAAUGCAGCGCUUUCUGAUGCUUCCACUGAUGUCCCGCCCACCGUGCUCCUCUCAGCCAACCGCUGCCCAGAUUCUCAGAUGGCUGUCUGUUGAAGGGGCCGCCGGCGAAUGCUGAGCAGGCUGGCGAGGUCGAGGUCCGCCUCAUUGUCCUGUGAUUGGCUGCUGGCCGGGACUGAGGCUACAUGGAGCCAAUGUCCAACAAGCAGGAUAGCAACUCGUCAGAGGGAGAUGAGAAAGGGUGGCCAGAUGUGCCAAAGAGAAAGAGUAAGAACAGCCAGUGUUCGGUGAAGAGCGUGUCUGCUCUUAGUGUCUCUGUUCCAGGGUACAUCCCCAGCUACCUGGAGAAGGAUGAGCCGUGCGUUGUGUGCGGGGACAAGGCGACCGGCUACCACUACCGCUGCAUCACCUGCGAGGGUUGCAAGGGUUUCUUCCGCAGGACCAUCCAGAAGAACCUCCAUCCAGCUUACUCCUGUAAAUAUGAAAGCUGCUGCAUCAUCGACAAGAUCACCCGAAACCAGUGUCAGCUGUGCCGCUUUAAGAAGUGCAUCGCUGUGGGCAUGGCCAUGGACUUGGUGUUGGACGAUUCGAAACGCGUGGCCAAGCGGCGUCUGAUCGAGGAGAACCGACAGAAGAGGAAGAGGGAGGAGAUGGUGAAGACGUUACAGACGAGGCCGGAGCCAAACACCGCAGAGUGGGAUCUUAUCAGGAUGGUAACCGAGGCCCACCGGAACACCAACGCCCAGGGCUCCAGCUGGAAACAGAAGCGCAAGUUCCUUCCGGACGAUAUCGGCCAGGGUCCGAUCGUGCCCACCUCCGACGGAGACAAGGUGGACCUGGAAGCCUUCAGCGAGUUCACCAAGAUCAUGACCCCCGCCAUCACGCGCGUCGUCGACUUUGCCAAGAAAUUGCCCAUGUUUGCAGAGCUGCCUUGUGAAGACCAGAUCAUCUUGUUGAAAGGCUGCUGCAUGGAGAUCAUGUCGCUGCGCGCCGCCGUACGCUACGAUCCAGAGAGCGAGACGCUGACGCUAAACGGCGAGAUGGCGGUGAAGCGCGAGCAGCUGAAGAACGGUGGGUUGGGCGUGGUGUCGGACGCCAUCUUCGAUUUGGGCAAGAGCCUGGCUCAGUUCAACCUUGAUGACUCGGAGGUGGCUUUGAUGCAGGCAGUGCUGCUCAUGAGCUCAGACCGCUCAGGGCUGACCAGCAUGGAGAAGAUCGAGCAGUGCCAAGAGGCCUACCUGCUGGCGUUCGAGCACUACAUCAACAGCCGCAAGCACAACAUUCCCCACUUCUGGCCCAAGCUGCUGAUGAAGGUGACGGACCUGCGCAUGAUCGGAGCUUGCCACGCCAGCCGCUUCCUCCAUAUGAAGGUGGAGUGUCCCAACGAACUGUUUCCCCCGCUCUUUCUGGAGGUCUUCGAGGACCAGGACGCGUGACGUUAAGAACGUUGAAACCGCGGCACUCCCACCCCCACCCCUUAAAAGAACCCUGGAACACGGAAAGGAAAGGGAUUUGGGGGUAGCGGAAGAGGAAAGUUGGGGAAAAGAACAAGAGGAGAAUAAAAACUGGAUUUUUUUUUUCUUCUUCUUCAGUGUGAACGUGCCCUGUAAACUUUUUUUUUUGUCCCUUUUUUCCUCAAAGACCCACCGCCUGCCACCAGCAAACACACAUCGACUUCACCAGGGAGAAACACACUGUCAUUCUGAGAGGUACACACACACACAGAGUACAAAGUAUGUUGUAGAUAUUCACAGAUUUAGAUUCCGAACACACUGGAACGUACAGUGCAAACAUAUGCAAACACAAAUAUCUCAUCCGUUAACACCUCUUGCACCUGUAUGGUCAAACAACUGUACUCUGCACCUACACUAAUGCAAACUGAGGGGCUCGGUUAUGUCUCUACUCCCCCCCCACACCCUCCUCGCACCUCAAUAAUCUCUGGGACCUUACCAUUAGCUCCUCAGAUGACCCCCAGCCAUCUCUCGUGCAUCACCUUAACUACAUUACCGUCCUCCGUCUGCCCGCGCAGCCCGUCCCUCAGUCUGCCAAGGCCCCGUGAGUGUUCGUCAACCUACCUCCCCCCACGUACUGACCUCUCCGUCUCUCUCUGUCUCACGUACACACAGAGACACAUGUGCACAAAACACACCCCAACACUCUUACCUCAUAAUGUCGUAACAUGUAUUUCCAUAUUAUUGUGUCUGGGUGGUGGUAGUCUGUUAAGAAAACAUGCAGCCAUGCAGUCUUCUGUCACCCAUGUACCUCUCUGCUAGUGUUAGGAGAAGAUACAGUCGGAACACUUCGUAUGAAGCCCUUAUCUACAAUGUAUUAUUUAUACACACGUACCUGCGUGACACAUUUUAAUGCAUUACAACAGCUGAUAUGUGCAUUACUGUGUCUUAUAACUGCAUUCAUAAGACAGGUAUGAUUAUUAAUAGUUCGGCAUUUUGGGAAAUACACUUAUUUGCUUUCUUGCUGAGAGUUGGAUGAGAAGAUUGAUACCACCAUAGAAAUAGAAUAGGAGUGUAACAUUGACAUUGAACUGUUUUCCGUGGUAAUUUACAAAAGAAAAUGGCAAUUGUUGUUAGUUGUUAUGGUGACAACACCCGUCAGUGGGGCCGUAAUGCAACACUGGUUACAGAAAAUGAGCCGAACAAAGUUGUCACUCAUCUGCCGAUAGCAAUGCGCUUUCCUACGCCGUGACAGUGUGACGAGUGUGUGGAUGAAGCAUUAAGUUGUUUAAUUUGACGUAUUUAGUCUGGAUCUCUCUGCUUCGUAGCGUGAAUUAUAACUCUAAUACUCAUCUUAGUUGAAAACCUCACCUCAGUGAGUCCGCGACUUGCCUUAAGUCGGUUUAGUUUAUACGGAAGUUAGCCCGCUACAAAAGGCGCAAUAGCAACAGUACAAUUAAAAAAUGUCCACCACUCUGACCAACCUGCUACGUUGAUUUGAAUGGGACUUUUCCGUCCUAUUCAAAUUCUAUGGAUACAACCACUCUCAAAAAUACUACACGCCGUGGGUUUACGGGGUGUAGGCUUAUAUGCCGGACUUUGUCCUGGCCAUUACUUGCUAAACUUCAGCAAUUUAAAAUUGCUAUAAUUGAUAUUUUUCUGUUGACAAUAGAUUCAUAUCAACACCUCAUGUAAAAUGGGUAGAGACUACUUCUAAGAUAAUAAUUGUAUUGUUAUGAUCCAUUAUAAGCUAAAUAAAGUGUAUUGUAGCUAUAGGCUGCAUAGGAAGUGUUUCCACUACCUUUAUUGUACAGUGUCCUCACUGUAUUUUAGAAAAAUAGUUAGGUUACAGAUUUAAGUAAUUAUAAGACAUUUUUUAAAUCACAAUACGUGACUUUGAAAAACUACAUCAUGUUACAUUAACACUGACAAGUAAUCUAGAGUUCUCACAUACAGUAUAUGAAUAUAUAUAAUAUAUAUUGCUAGAAUACCUCUCCGACACAUACCUCCUGUUUUCAUUACCUCACACACUCAUGCAUAUUACAUCCGGUUGUUUUUUUUAAUGCAUUACCUCAGUUGUUUUAUUACUCAUCUCUUCUUUAUCCUCAAUAACCACUGUGGCUGCACCACACUUCUUGUCUCCGUGUUUGUAUGUGAGUACGUGUUCUCAUCGGAGCCCCGUCCUGUUAAAUCACACCGUAGCCCCGCCUCCUCACCUUCCGCCGUCUUGUGAUAGGUUCAGCGCUGUCAGAUGGUGGUGAGGGGAGGCCUCUCCUGUCACCUUUACCUGUUUCAAAUCCCGCCUGAAACCGACAGAUUCUACCUCACCUCUCAUCUCAGUGCAGCUGCCCCUCUGUCUGCAACACACUGACAUGCACGCACACAUAUAUAAAUAUAGAUAUAUAGAUAUAUAUGUACACAUGGUGCACAAAUGAGUUGCCAACAUGUACCCGUUGAUUGUGCCGACAGUGUACAGCAGGUCUUUCAAACGGGCCGUGGAUCAACACGUGACAGCUGACAUGGCAGACUGUGUCAUUUUCUCAACCAUUUUUUUCAUUUUUAUCACACACCACGAGGGACCAACAGUCACUUUGGAUUUUUAUUUUAGGAACCCGAAAUACCACCGAGGGCGGGGGUGAAUUUGUGACAUCACAGUGUGCCGUUUGAACUUAAAGGAAACUGUCAGGGGACAGCUGGAAGCUGGGACUCCAGUGGAAGCCAUUUUGGCCCGAUUGGGUCAGGCCAACGGACUAUUGUGGGUGGUGACUGGGAGAUGAAUAAACAGCAAGUGAGUCAGCAGUAUUCGCCUGUGGAUAUGGUUUCAUCCCGGGCGAGGGGAGGGAAAACGGCGAGCGAGCAACUGUGGCGGGUAUAGUGUUGUGACUCAGGCCAAGCCAACACAAAAAAAAAA